CGCAUUGAUGCAUUGUGGGUAAUUUUAAAGUAAAGACACGGGUAUUAUUUCCUGUAGUCACGCUGGACCCACUUUCGCUUCCACUCUUUCAUUACUGACCGCAGUUGUCUGCUAAGGCCGCAUUUGUUGUAGGUUUGAACCCAGGCCGCAUUUGUUGUAGGUUUGGCUGUUAAAGCAGACGCGAUGACCCAGAGAUUCUUAUUUAACGCUUCUUUACUUUACAAAGACAUUUGCCCCGAGCAGUCGCGCUUCCUCAUGCAAAGGCAUCAGAGCAUUGCGUCUGCCCUGCCGGUGUCUAUGAUCUGCCCCUUCUGUUUCCAGUGGCGACAACUGGGCAAUCAUCACGUGCGUCUGCGGCCCAAGCGGAAGCCCACGGCGACGAUUAGAAGACUUCUGAAGAGGGAGUCGGCAGGAAAGAGGCUGAGCGCAGAACAGACUGUAGUCCUUCAAAAGUUUAAAAGAGCCUCCAAUGCUCUGGUGAGGUCACGUCCACCUGUUUUAUGUCCACUUCAGUUUAAAUGUCGUCUCUUUACCGACCUAGUUCGUUCUGCCCAUUCCUGAGUGACUUGAGAUUGGAUUAGGUGGAUGAUUUUAAACCAGGAAGAACAAACACCAUGUUGCCUUAUAUGUACACACUGCUCAAAAGCUUGGGUUAGUCACCACCACCGUUUAAA